GACAAGGAGUUUGGUCUUGGCUGGAUUAAGUUGCAGGUGGUGUUCCUUCAUCCAGGCCGAGAUGUCUGCCAGGCAGGCAGAGAUUCGAGCAGUCACUGUGGUGUCGUUGGUUUGGAAAGACAAGUAGAGUUGCAUGUCAUCAACGUAGCAGUGGUAAGAGAAACCAUGUGCCUGAAUGAUGGGUCCCAGUGAUGUUGUGUAUAUAGAGAAGAGAAGUGGCCGAGCACUGAGCCCUGAGGUACCCCAGUAAGUAGCUGAUGUGACAUGGACACCUCACCUCUGCAGGCUACCUUGAAGGACCUACCUGAGAGAUAGGAAUUAAACCAGUCAAGCACAGUUUCUGUGAUGCCCAGUGAAGGGAGGGUGGAGAGUAAGAUCUAAUGGUUGACUGUGUCGAAGGCUGCAGAAAGGUCCAGUAGAAUCAGGAUGGAUGAUCUGGAUUCAGUUUUUGCCUGUCUCAGCGACUACGUGACAGACAGCAGGGCAGUUUCGGUGGAGUGUCCACUUUUGAAGCCUGACUGAUUGUCAUCCAACAGCUUGUUCUGUGAGAGAUAGGCGGAAAUUUGAUUGAAAACUGCCCUUUCAAGUGUUUUUGCCAUGAAUGGGAAGAGAAAGACUGGUCUGUAGUGUUCACUUUGCUUGGGGUUAAGUGCGGGUUUCUUCAGAAGUGGGGUUACUCGAGCCUGCUUAAAUGUAGUGGGAAAGGUUAAUUAUGUGAGUGAGUGCAUGUAAGAUGGAAGGAGAGAUGGCCUGGACAGGUGAGAAAGAAUGGGGUCAAGGGAACAGGUGGUGGGGUGGUUGGAGAGGAGUUUAGAUACCUCAGAGUCAGUCAGAGGAAAGAACAUAGAGACAGAGGAGUUGCAUACAGGAGACGGGUGUUUGACAGGGUGAGAUGCUGAGAAUGUAUUGCUGAUGGUUGUAACCUUAUUAGUGAAAAAUGUGGCGAAGACAUCUGCUGUCAGUGAUGUGUCAAGCGGUGGAGGGGGAGGACAGUGAAGUGUGUUGAAUGUUGUAAACAAGCUGCGAGUGUCAGUGGUGCUGUUGAUCUUGUUCUGGUAUUAGGACGUUUUUGCAGAUUUAACGUUAUCCGAAAAAGUUGCAAGCAGAGACUGAAACUUACCUAGAUCUGCUGGAUCUUUAGAUUUCCGCCAUCUCUUCUCAGCUGCCCUGAGGUCAGUCCGAUGUUCACGAAGGACAUCAGAGAGCCAGGGGCUGGGUAGUGUAGUACGUGCUGGCCUUGAGGAGAGAGGAAAGAUGUUGUCUAGACAGGUUGUUAAAGUAGAGCUUAGUGUGUCUGUGGCAGUGUUUACAUCAAGGGUGGAAAACACAUUUUGUGUGGGAAGAGAGGUAGAGGCAGCAGUGGAAAAGCGAGAGGGUGAAAGAGAACGGAGGUUACGGUGAAAGAAAACCAAAGGCAGAGUCUGUUUUAAUGUAGAUGGGAGAGUCAUGUUGAAUUGAACAAAGUAGUGAUCAGAGACAUGUAAAGGAGUAACAAGAAUAUUUGAGUUGGUACAAUUAUAUGUAAAAAUGAGGUCCAGCUGGUUGCCCGAUCUGUGAGUUGCUGUGGUGCUUAGUCUUUCCAAGUCAAAUGAGGCCAGAAGAUUAUUCAGUUCAGUGGCCUGGGGCUUGUCUUGGUGUAUGUUGAAAUCACCAAGAACCACAAGUGGCUUACCAUCCUCCGGGAAGGAGGACAGCAGGACAUCCAACUCCUUGAGAAAGUUUGCCAGCUGACCUGGAGGGCGAUAGAUGACAACAAUAUGUAUUUUUGUGGGUUGUAUUGUAGUAAUAGCAUGGAAUUCAAAAGUAGUAUUGUUACAUAGAGAAGAGUGUGGUGAAAAAGUCCAGUUGUUAUGAAUGAGCAAACCUGUUCCCCCACCCCUACCGGUGUUUUGAGGGGUGUGUGUGAAGAAGUUGUUGUUGGAGAGAGCAGCAGGUAUGGCUGUAUCCUCUGGACGUAUCCAUGUUUCUGUCAGUGCCAGGAUGCUGAGGGUGGACUGUGUGGCAAAGGCUGGAAUGAAGUCAGCUUUGUUCACAGCUGACUGGCAGUUCCAGAGUCCCACUGAGAAAGAGAGCGGAGCAGGUGCUGAAGCGCAAAGUGGCCUUACUUUGAUGGUGAAGAUCCUCCACAACCUGAGAAUGUUAUGAAAGUCUCAAAAAUUGAGCCUAAAGAGGAAAAGCAGGAAGUUGAGUUGCAGGCAAAUGUAAAAAAGGAACCUUAUGACUCAGACCUGGAGUACUUAUCCCAGAGUGUGGUGCGGAAACCCUCCCUGGACGAGGAGCUUAAGAAUGAUCAGCAGAAGAAAAGAGAGAAGCCUAGAUACCUUGAAAUGUUGAAAUUCAGAGAAAAGCUGCCAUCAUAUGGGAUGAAAGAGGAGCUGGUUAGGCUGAUCAGUGCUAAUCAGGUACUGGUAAUCAGUGGAGAGACUGGUUGUGGGAAGACCACGCAAGUCACUCAAUUCAUCCUUGAUGACUAUAUUCAGAGAGGCAUGGGCUCUCUCUGCAGGGUGGUCUGCACCCAGCCACGCCGCAUUAGUGCCAUAUCUGUUGCAGAGAGAGUAGCUGCAGAGCGGGCAGAGUCGGUGGGGGAGGGGAAGUCCUGUGGGUAUCAGAUCCGUCUACAGAGUCGGUUACCACGGAAACAAGGCUCAGUGUUAUAUUGUACAACGGGCAUUAUUCUUCAGUGGCUCCGCUCUGAUCCGAAUCUCUCCAGCAUUAGUCAUUUGGUCUUGGAUGAGAUUCACGAGAGGAGUCUUCAAUCCGAUGUUCUUCUCACCAUCGUAAAGGACCUGUUAACUGCUCGAGAUGAUCUCAAAGUAGUCCUCAUGAGUGCCACACUCAACGCUGAGAAAUUCAGCAGAUAUUUCGAUAACUGUCCCAUGGUCCAUAUUCCUGGAUACACAUACCCAGUGCAAGAGUAUUUACUUGAAGAUGUGGUGGAAAUGCUAAGGUUCCGACCGCAGCAACAGGACUGCAGACCUCGCUAUAAUAGAGGCUUUUUUCAUGGCAAGAACGUACGGCCGGAGAAAGAGCAUAAAGAAGCUGAAUACAACGAGAGCUGGCCCUGCUAUGCCCGCACACUCAGAGACCGGUACUCAGACAGCACCAUUGACGUGCUGGAGAUGAUGAAUGAUGAUGACAAGAUCAACCUGGAUCUUAUCGUAGCAUUGAUCCGCCACAUUGUGAUGAACGAUGAUGAUGGAGCAAUUCUAGUGUUUCUGCCUGGCUGGGACAACAUCAGCAGCCUGAAUGAUCUACUCACGGCUGACCAGAUGUUUAAAUCAGAUCGCUUUAUCAUCAUCCCACUCCACUCUUUGAUGCCCACGGUCUCUCAGACUCAGGUGUUCAAAAAGCCACCCCCUGGAGUGCGCAAGAUUGUGAUCGCUACCAACAUCGCAGAAACCAGUAUCACGAUAGAUGAUGUUGUGUAUGUGAUUGAUGGAGGGAAGAUUAAAGAAACUCAUUUUGACACCCAGAACAACAUCAGCACCAUGGCUGCAGAGUGGGUGAGCUUAGCCAAUGCCAAACAGAGGAAAGGCCGCGCUGGCAGGGUAUCUCCAGGGAAAUGUUAUCACCUGUAUAAUGGAUUGAGAGCCAGCCUCCUGGAUAACUACCAGUUACCUGAGAUCCAACGCACCCCACUGGAAGAGCUGUGCUUGCAAAUAAAGAUCCUGAAGUUGGGGUCCAUUGCGUCAUUUUUCCGGAAAAAUCUGGAUCCUCCUUCAGAGAAAGCAAUAGAGCUGGCCAUCACACAUCUGAUGGAUCUGAAUGCCCUGGACAGGAAUGAAGAGUUGACUCCAUUAGGAUUUCAUCUGGCCCGUUUGCCUGUAGAACCUCACAUAGGAAAAAUGAUUCUGUUUGGGGCUCUUCUGGGCUGUUUGGACCCUGUGCUUACCAUUGCAGCCAGCCUAAGCUUUAAAGACCCCUUCUACAUACCACUGGGGAAGGAGAAGAUAGCGGACCACAGGAGAAAAAUCCUCUCCAAAAACUCCAGGAGCGAUCAUCUCACUAUUGUCAAUGCAUUUUUGGGCUGGGAGGAUGCGAAGAGACAGGGCAGCAGGUAUGAGCGGGAGUACUGCUGGGAAAACUUCCUGUCUGCCAGCACACUACAGAUGCUUCAGAAUAUGAAAGGUCAGUUUGCAGAGCAUCUUUGGGCAGCAGGGUUUGUGAAAAGCAAGGACCCGAAAGAUCCCAGCUCUAACAUAAACUCAGAGAAUGAGAAGCUGAUCAAGGCAGUGAUUGUAGCAGGUUUGUACCCUAAAGUGGCCAAGAUCCGUCCCAACCAAAGUAAGAAGAGACCAACGCAUGUGAAAGUAUACACCAAGGCUGAUGGGAAGGUUUGUAUCCACCCUAAAUCUGUCAAUGCAGAGGAAACUGAGUUCCACUACACAUGGCUUAUCUAUCACCUAAAGAUGAGGACCACCAGUAUCUUCCUUUAUGACUGCACUGAGGUGUCCCCAUUUUCGUUGCUGUUCUUUGGAGGAGACAUUUCCAUACAGAAGGACCAAGACCAAGAGACCAUUGCCGUGGACGAGUGGAUCGUCUUUCAGUCCCCAGCACGCAUUGCUCACCUCGUCAAGGAUCUGAGGAAGGAGCUGGAUGUAUUAUUAGAGGAGAAGAUAAAGAGCCCUCGACCCGUGGACUGGAAUGACUGUCAAUCUAAAGAUUGUAAUGUCAUCUCUGCCAUCAUUGACCUCAUCACCACACAGGAAACCCCUGCUGGAGGUCCCAGGAGAGGCAGCCAGUGAGCACCAAACUUCAGCAGCUUAUUAAUCUGAAUGACAUUCAGCUUUGACAUGCCAAAGUGUGAUCUGCUGUCAUGGCAGUGUGUAGGUGCGUUUUAUCAGCACUUGCAGGUGUUGGAAUAAAUUCCUACAGAACAAGUCAUACAAGUUAUACUAAAGGUCUUUUGGGUAGUUAUGGAAAAAUGUUUUUAUUUUAGUAUUGGUGUUAUUUUGUUUAUAUACAUGUAAAUGAAGGCUUUCUGUCUUGAUAGUAAUUCAUUAAAUUUGCCAUAAUACAGUCCAUUUGUUCAUGGAGGACCUCCAUUCGUAUCUCUCUAUAUUUACAUACAAAUAGAUCAAAACAUAGGUAGGUUAUAUAUAUAUAUAGGACUUUUAGUAGGGCAAAAAAAAAGAAAAACCUUGAAGGAAUUAAAUAUCUUCACAAAUUAAAUGUACAUAAAAGCUGUAUAACUCUAUAUGCUGAUUAGUUGAAUGUUAACAAAUGUAGGUUCUUUGAUACAUAUUUACAUUUGGCUUGAUUUACAAUAAUUCAAGUUUACAUUUUCCCUGAGAGUCAAUUCAAAGAGUGAAUGAGUGAUUCAACAUACUGAAUUUGUGUUGCUAUAAAACUUUCCUUCUUUACAUAGCAAAUCCACAAUUUAAAAAUGUCAACACUUUAACUUUACAUACUGUGCAGGAGUGCUCUAAAUUAAAAUAGAAAUUAAAGUGAAACAGGGUCACUUCAGAGAAGUAGAAAAUGGCACAUUUCUGCAGGAAAAGAAGACCCGCCCCGUAAUGUUUUAAUAUGAGCCCUGAGCUCAUUCUGUAAGCAUUAUAUAUCACAUAAAACUUAAACAUUU